AUGAAGGAGUACCUCGUGCUUCUCGCCCAGCAGUACCCCGAGUUCCGGUGUCCCGAGCUCGAGCUGCUUGCGGCGCUUCACAAUGUCACUGUCGACCUUUCCCAGCACAACCCCGAGUCGCCAUUUAUGGUGGUUCGCCUCGAAGACGACGAUGCCGCCAAAAAGCUCAUGUACCGCCUGGUCCUCGGCCGGCGGAUCUACGAGCUUUGGGGCCACGGCACCACGCUAGACGAGCUCCACAGCGAUGUCAAAAGCCGUAUGGCCUCCAAUUUCGACGCCUACAAGCACCUGCUGUUCAAAUUCGACUUUAUCGGCUACAUGGGCAAACGGCUGACCACGGAAAAGAGACAGAUUAUCGACGGAUUCAGGUACACUGGAUGGGAAGGGAAGAUUGAUUUGAAGAACCCCGAUAACGUGUUCACCGUAUUAGAAGAGUACCACACCGUGGGCCAGGAAAAGGCGUCGAAACCCGACCACCUCUGGUUUGGCCGCGAGAUCCAGCAACUGCUCCGCGAAGCCAACAUUAUUCAGAAAUACGACUUGAAAACAAGAACCUAUAUUGGUACCACGCUGUUUGACGCUGAGUUGUCAUUGGUAACGGCUAAUUUGGGUCAUGCUGGUCCUAAUAAGCUAGUGUACGACCCUUUCGCCGGUACGGGGCUGUUCCUCGUCGCCGCGGCCAAUUUCGGUUCUUUAACCAUGGGCAGCGAUAUCGAUGCCCGUGCCCUCCGGGGUAAAGGUCCCGGCAAAGAUAUCCACGCCAACUUCAAGCAGUACGGCACCCUGGUGCAAUUGGUGGACUUGAUGGGGAUGGACUUCACUCAUAACGCGUUGCGGCCGCUGUUGGCGAUUGAUAGCAUUAUCUGCGAUCCCCCUUACGGCGUGAGAGAGGGCUUAAAAGUGUGUGGUGCCCGUAACCCGGAAAGAGCCGCAGGCAGAGAGAACGUCGUCAUCGAGGGGGAAAAGGCCCACUUGCGCCGUGACUUCAUCCCGCCUAAAAAGCCGUACCUGCUCCUGAGCAUGCUUGAGGACUUGCUACAGUUUGCCGCCGAACGGCUCCCCGUGGGCGGCCGAUUGGCGUUUUGGAUGCCCACCGCCAACGACGACUUUGAAGAAACGUUAAUUCCUCAGCACGAGCGGCUAGAGCUUCUCUACCACUUGGAACAAGAGUUCCACAAGUGGCUGCGGCGGCUCGUAGUAUACGUGAAGCGGGAGGAGCAGUGGCGCAACGUCACCCGCAACGGGCUCCGCGAACGCAACAUCACCGACUUCCGCCAGCGCUACUUUGAUGGCUUCAAAAAGGAGUCCACCGAGGAGACAGAAUAA